AUGCAUAAAUCUAUUUUUUACUCUAUAUAUAAAUCUAUUAUUGCAUCUAUCACAAGAGCUGCAGAUCACAGGCGAGCAGCCCACAAGCAAGCGCGUAUGUUCCGCAAAGUGCGACCUUCACAGAUUGUCACAAGACGAGCUUAUGAGCUACUGUGCGCAAGCGCCAACGGCUUAGAGUGGCUAGAUCAGAACGAAGUUGAAGGAGCAGAUGAUUUUACUGAAAAUCAUAUGAACAUGUUGGUUCCAAUAGUCUCUCUUGAGACCGCGCAUGAUUCUCCAUGGACUGAAUUAGAGUAG